UGGCUUUGCCCUCAGUCAACAUGGCCCCUUUCCGGCUUCGCCCUCUUUGGAAGAUUGGCUCUCUCGGACUCCGUUACUCUCCUCCGCUGUUCUCUUGCCCGUAGUAGCCAUGGCGGCCAUGAGUCUUUUGCAUCGGGCUUCGGUUUCUGCAGUGGCCGCUCUGUCCCGCCGCCGUCUUGGCACUCGACUUGGAUUCGGAGGCUUCCUCACCCGUGACCUCCCGAAGACUGUCGCUCCUGUGCGACACAGUGGAGACCAUGGGAAAAGACUGUUUAUCAUCAAGCCUUCCGGAUUCUAUGACAGACGUUUUUUGAAAUUACUGAGAUUCUACAUUUUGUUGACUGGGAUUCCAGUAGCAAUUGGCAUAACUUUGAUAAAUGUAUUCAUUGGUGAAGCUGAGUUAGCAGAAAUUCCAGAAGGCUACGUCCCAGAACACUGGGAAUAUUUCAAGCAUCCUAUAUCAAGAUGGAUUGCCCGAACUUUCUUUGAUGCUCCUGAAAAGAAUUAUGAAAGAACAAUGGCUAUCCUUCAAAUUGAAGCUGAAAAGGCUGAAUUACGAUUAAAGGAGCUGGAAGUACGAAGAUUAAUGCGAGCAAGAGGCGAUGGCCCCUGGUUUCAGUAUCCGACCAUCGAUAAGGCACUUGUUGAUCGUUCUCCAAAAGCAACACCUGACAACUAAUCUUUAAUUUCUCUAAAUACAAAGUAUACUGUCUUUAGGUGAAAAUAAAUUACUAAAUAUAUUCUGUAUUUUUUCUGUGUGAUAAAAGAUCAUUUUCAUUGCUCUGUUUCUCAAUAUUGGUUCAGAUUAAGGCUGUUUUGUGUGCAAUUUCAGUUUUUUCCUCAGCUUUACUGAGGUGUAACUGAUAAAGUUGUAAGAUGUUUAAAGUGUACAUCAUGAUGAUUUGAUAUAUAUUGUGAAAGGCAGAUUCAGGUGUCUGGUUUGGGGCUUUCUGUUUCCUCUUUUAAGAAGGUUUAAAUAUGAUAAAAAAAAAUUCAGAGAAAUUGGAAUUGUGAACUCGUAAAGGUGUAGCUUUGAAAGAUUAAUGUUUUACUUGUCUGAUAAAUGGAAGUUAGAGAAAUCUAUGUUGAAUAUCAGGAAAUAUGCAAUUUACAUAUAUGUGAGUGUUAUAGAUACCUGGAUUACUACUCAAGGGCAACUCAGAAUUUUAAGUUAUACAUAUGUUGCAUCAACUAUAUAAAAUAUUAACAUCUUAAUAAACAAUUUUUCAGUGAACAGA